ACGCACCUGGUUCCAUCUGCACAGGGAAUGUGCAGGGGGCGCUGGGCCGCAUUCCCCAGAUGGGGAAAUGGAGGCACGGAGAGGAAGAGCUGUCCUUCCUCCUCCACAACCACACGUCUGGCCUGCCACUGUGGGCGGGGCCCUGAGAGUCAUCUGGAACCAACAGAGGCCUUGGCAACGCACACAGCAGUGCUUGUGGCAGCAGCCGCCAUAGGGAGGCCAAGCGUGGAGGCGGCACCGGGCUCGGAGCUGGCCAGGGUCCCUUUGCCUAUGGAGCACGCAGCCACCACAGGCCCCAGACCUGGACCUCCCCCUCGGCGGGUGGACAACGUGAGUCCUCUGGGACGCACCACUCCUGCCACGGGGCUGGAGUCUGCCCUUUCCCCCAGAGGCCAGGAGGGUGCAGGUGCCUGCACCCUGGGUCUAAUCUCAGCCAACGGAGGGACUUUUGCUGCUCAGCCAGGCAGGGAGAGGGGGUCAGUGACUGCAUGGGAGUGGGGCCACCGCUCCAGGGACCCACCUGGGGAAUGGGUGGCGGUGCCUCCCCAGGUUGUGCUACGAGCCAAGGACUGGCUGCCAGGAGCUCCUGGGGGCACCACAGCAUGGGCCACCAGCCUGGAAGCAGAGGUCCCACCAGAUCUGGUGCUCAGUGAGGAGCAGCAGCUGCAGAUCUCCAAGGAGCUGGUCGACAUUCAGAUCACAACCCACCGCCUACAGGAGCAGCAUGAGGCUGAAAUCUUCCAGCUGAAGAGUGAGAUCCUUCGACUGGAGAGCCGGGUGCUGGAGCUGGAGCUGCAUGGAGAUCACACCAGCCAGGGCUGUGCGGUCCCAGUGGAGGCUGACCCCAUGUACCGCCGGGCACCAGCCCAAGAGCUAAGACACAAAGCCCAGGUGCCUGGACACUCUGAUGAGACUGCAGACUCCAGGUCACAUGAGCACACGGAGGGCCUGGCUGGGAGAGGCCAGAGGGAAGCCUCAGCAGGGGCCUCAGCGAGACUGGGGCUCACCCCCCUCUUAGCCCUCCCUGCCCUCCAUUCCAUUCAGGUGCAGCCUAAGAACGCCAUGAACCCCGAGAAUGAGCAACAGAGGCUGGGGAAUGGCCCAGCCCUAUGUACCCCACAGCUGCUGGGAAGCCAGGAGCAGCUGCAGAAACAAGUGAAGUGGGCGCUGGAGCGUCAGGAGGCCCGGCAGCAGGCACUGGAGACUCGUGUGGAAGCCCUGGGCCGGCAGCUGCAGGGAGCCCGAGAGGAGGCUAGAGCAGCUGGACAGCAACUGGCCACACAGGCUGUGGUGCUGUGCGGCUGCCGAGGCCAGCUCCGCCAGGCAGAGGCCGAGAACGCCCGGCUGCAGCUGCAGCUCAAGAAGCUGAAGGACGAGUACGUCCUGCGGCUGCAGCACUGCGCUCUGGAGGCGGUGGAGCACGCAGACAGUGCAGGCCAGGCGCCAGCCAACACGGCCCUCCGGACAUUCCUGGAGGCCACUCUGGAGGACAUCCGGGCAGCACACCGCAGCCGUGAGCAGCACCUGGCCCGGGCCGCCCGCACCUACCACAAGCGGCUGGUGGAUCUGAGCCGCAGGCAUGAGGAGCUGUUGGCUGCCUACAGGAGUGGCCCAAGACAGAGACUGGUCUACGCUGACAGGGCACCUGGGAACCCCCAAGCUAUUUUUGACGCAGCCAGCUUGGACCUGGAACCAUUGCCCGUGCCCCUGGUCACUGACUUCAGCCAUCGGGAGGACCAGCACGGCGGGCCUGAGGCACUGCUCUCAUCCCCACAGAAGGGACCCGGUGGAGCCUCCCAAGGGGGAACAUCAGAGCCACAGGGCCUGGACGCUGCAUCCUGGGCCCAGAUCCACCAGAAGCUCCGGGACUUCUCCCGCAGCACCCAGGUAGGAGGCAAGGGCUGGCCCAGGCCCCUCCUCAUGCCAUGCCCCAGCUCAUGGUUUAUACCCCCAUGGCAGGCAGAGCUGGAACGGGAGCGGGCACAGCUGCUGGUCCGGGCCACGGUGGCUGAAGAGCAACUUUCUGAGCUACAGGAGUACGUGGACCAGCACCUGGGCAGGUGGGCUCUCGAGAGGGAGCACGGUGUGACCCCAGGGCCCUGGUCUGGCCGGAAUGGAGGACGAUGGCUGCCUCAGGCACUAGAGGCAGACCCGUCCACAGAUGGGCAAGUCACUUAAGCAUGGUUCCUCUGAGCAGGUACAAGCAAGAAAUCCUGAGGCUGAGGAAGCUGGCAGGUUCAGGGAACCCCUGGAAAGUGGGGGCUGUGCCUCCAGCCAAGCUCCAGCAUCCAAGGACCGGCAGCCACUAGCCCAUCUCCCAGGACCAGAGCAGAGCCCAUCACAGCCAGCAUGGAGCCCUCCCACCCCGUCUCCCACGAAACAUGAGUCAGGAUACAA